UAAAUGAAAACUCUAAGGGCUCAGAAACACUCAGACUACUAUCAGACCAGGACUACCACCAGACCAGGAUCGUCACCAUGCUCGCUGCGUGCCUGGAGUUCCUCGGCCUCGCGCUGUGCGUCGCCGGCUCCCUGCUGGUGAUGGUCGCGUGCGGACUGCCCAUGUGGAAGGUGACGGCGUUCCUCGACUCCAACAUCGUGGUGGCCCAGACCAUGUGGGACGGCCUGUGGAUGUCCUGCGUGGUGCAGAGCACCGGGCAGAUGCAGUGUAAGUUCCACGACUCGGUGCUGGCGCUCACGCAGGACCUGCAGACGGCGCGCGCCCUCACGGUCAUCUCCGCCGUGUUCGGGGUGGUCGCGCUCACGGUGACCAUCGCCGGGGCUCAGUGCACCAACUGCAUCAAGGACGAGACGGUGAAGGCGAGGGUGGUGCACGCGGGCGGCGUCAUCUACAUCAUCAGCGGGCUCUUCGUGCUCGUGCCGCUCUGCUGGAUGGCCAACAACAUCAUCGUGGACUUCCACGACCCCCUGGUGCCCUCGUCCAGGAAGAAGGAGAUCGGGGCGUCCAUCUACAUCGGCUGGGCCGCCACCGCGCUGCUCCUGCUGGGGGGGACCCUCCUCUGCUGCUCCUUCUCCCAGGGGGUGCGAGGGACCUACCCCAUCAAGUACGUGCCCACCAAGAGCAUCACGACCACCGGGGACUUCGACAAGAAGCACUACGUCUGACCUGGACCGGGACUGGACUUGGUUUUUCAGACUUUAAUCUGUCCCAGCAGAGCUGGAGAGGCUUUUCUGCGGUCAGACUUUGACAUGAAGUGCGCCGGAAGACGCGAGGCGCGCGGAACGAACUGUUUGUGUAAAAAUGUACGGAGGCUCAAAGGUGCCAAACACGACGCGUCUAAAAUAUACGUUAAAAUAUAUUUUACUGCUGCAUUUUAGAGGGGAAUCACAUUAGUAGGAGGAAAGUGAAAAUAAAACUUGGACGUUUUUUUUUCAUCCAGAUCUUUACAGUGUGUUUGCAGAAUUUAACCCCUUAAAGCCUGUUGCAUCAUAUUUGAUUUAUGAUACCUCCAUCUAAUCAAUACAAUCAAUAAAUUACCAAAAAAAAAUCUGAAUACAAUCUGAUAAAUGAUAAAAAAAAAUCCCUCAAGUGGAUUAUCAGUUACCAAAAACACCUGAUGUAUCAAAUGAGAUUUUAAAAAAUAUAAAUGUUAC